CGAAAGUGCAGGCAGCCGAGGCGGGGGGGGGCUCCCGGUCCUGCCCGCCCAGCCAUGGCCAACUCCGGCUCCGGUCCGCGGCUCCUGGAAGAUGACUUCCAGUUCGUCCUUUGCGAGGGCUGCCGGCAGGAAUCGCCCAACCUCAAGCUCCUCACCUGCCUCCACACCUUGUGCCUCGAUUGCCUGAGCAAGAACAAGGUCAUCGGGCAGUGCCCCGUGUGCCGGACGGCCAUCCCGCAGGCCAGCGGCAUCUCCGACACGGACAACCUGCUCUUCACCAGCCUGCAGGCCAGGCUCAAGGUCUACAAGAAGAUCAUUGAUGGGGUUGACUUGUUCUGUGACAAUUGCAAGAAAGCCGGUGAGUUCUGGUGCUCUGAGUGCGAUGAGUUCCUCUGCACCAAGUGCUUCGAGGCCCACCAGCGCUACCUGAAAAGGGAGAGCCACAAAGCCAAGAGAGUGAUGGACAUCAGGGCAGGGCCUGCUAAAGAAUUCCUCGAGGGCUCCAGGAGGACCGGUAACUUGUCCUGCUCUAACCCGACCCACAAAAACCAGACUGUAAGCAUCUACUGCAACAAGUGCUGCAAGCCAGUGUGCUGCAUCUGCGCGCUGCUGGACAGCCAGCACGCCCCGUUCUGCGACAUCCACAGCGAGACCCAGCGCAGGCAGGAGGAGCUGGGCACCAUGAGCCAGGAGCUGAAGCAGAAGAGAAGCGGCUUCGAGGCCACCUACGCGGCGCUGCAGGACGAGGCCGCCCGGCUGGAGGAGGCGCAGCGGGAGAUGCGGGAGCUGAUCGGGCAGCGCGUGGAGCAGCUGGUGCGGCUGAUCCGGCAGGAGGAAGAGGAGCUGCUGGGGCUGGUGGAAGUGCGGCAGGAGCAGGGCCGGCGGGAGCUGGCGAGGGAGCUGCAGCACGUGGAAGGGGUGCUGCGGCGGAUGGAGGCGGGCGAGCGGCUGGUGGAGAAGAUGAGGCUCUACGCCACGGAGCAGGAGGUGAUGGACAUGCAGCCCUUCAUCAAGGACUCGCUGGACGAGCUGCAGCGGCUGCAGCCGCCGGCGGCCGGGGACCGAGCGCAGUCUGGGAAAUUUGCCGAGUGCAGAGCCAGGCUGCAGGCACUGGUGGAGCGUGUCAUGGGGCACCCAGAAGCCGCCCCAGCUCUAGCCAUGGAAAACUCCCACCAGAUCUCUGCCUCCACCCCUGCAAAGAGGAAGAAAGUCCAAAAUGCGAAUGUCCUGACGUCGCCGGUGAAGGUGGUGAAGGUUGAAAACAAUGACGACGGGUGGAACCAGACGGUGCCACAGCAGCCAAGCUGCUUGGCCCAGCUUGGGACCAGCUGUUCAGUGUCUCCCAUGACUCUCGCCAAGGAGGACAGCCUGCUUGAAGACGUGCCAGAUGGCAACAGUGAGCUGCACGAUUCAGAUAGCGAUAUUCUCUGCUUGGACAGCUUUGAGGACGACAGCACCGAUGAGGAGUCCAUGGACUCCAGUCUGUUAGGUGACCUCAGCAACAUCCUCGAUGAGGAAACCAGCAAAGAUUACCUGGGCCUUCCCAACAGCAGCCAGAACACACUGGACACAAGACAAGGUUCCCUGGUCUUCUUUGACAUGAAGAUUUUGAAAAAUGAAAGCAUUCAGAUGACGGUGGUAGAUGGAGAGAAAAUAUUCCCAGUCCUGAUUCAGCCAAUGAAAUAUUUGUCCAGCUUGAUGGCCAAAAAUAGCAUCUACGAGAUUGGUCUGAGGAAUCUGCUGUGCCACCUCAGCACUGUCCACAGGCCCAUCCUGGGUGGCUUUGGUCUCUGGUCACUCCCCUUUCCCACCCUCUUGAAUGCGCUGACGGUCAUGAACAAGAAAGAGGAGUUCAGUUCUGUCGUGUAUGGUUUCCUGGACAUUUUGCCCCUGAUUAAGGAGGAGGUCCCCAAGAGGGAUAACUACAAGCUGAAGAACUUGGCCAGCACUUACCUCUGGUGGCACUUUGGUGACUGCAGCACUAUGGAGAAUGCCAACAUGGUGAAGUACCUGUGCGAGGUCCUGGACGUCGACCUGGUGAAGAAACCCAGGCUGAUCCUCAGUCAAGCCAACCUGGAGUCCUUCAUCUCCCUCCAGCCCUUGCUGGCUGAGAAGCUCCUCACCAAGCCAUCAGCUCAAACACUGGCCGCCCACAACAUCGGCCUCUCUGAGCUCUGGUCCUGCUACCAGCACAACCCCGAGAAGGGGCUCCAGAAAGCGUGCCGUCUCAUCAACACUUGCCGGCACAGCUCCGAAAAGAAAGUCCGAAACCUGAGCAAGGUCAAGGUCUACUUCCAGCGCCAGGAGAAGUCAGCUGAAAGCCAGAAGAUCCCGGCAGGCAGUGAUUUCCCAGGAGCUGUAAAGAACGAGGAAGAGUGUUGAAAGAUGCCGGUGCCUCUCCAGUACUCAUUCCCCUCUCACCCAUGGGCAAUGAGUCCUGGAGCCAAAUCCUGGCUCACAUCAGUAGUUUUGCCUUCACUAUUUCCUGCCUGCUCCUGCCUGGGGUGAUGAGUCUGGGUCUCUGGGGUGUGACAGUCUCUUGCUGUCCUCUCUCACCUGAACUUGGUCUAAGGUGAAGAGGUGAGGACACCAGCUUGGCUGGGAGAUGUCCUGGCUCUGAUCUGACAGCCUGCAGCCACACUGUGCCUUUGUUUUCCCCCUGGAUGGAUCAAGCCAACUCUUGGGAGAAAUCUUUCGAACCAUUUCUGGUCUGGAUUUUUUGGGGGGGGGGGGUCAGUGGAAUCCAAAGCCGGCUGAAGAAACAGCAGGUGGGGAAACUAGUUUGGAAGGACCAAGAAUGGUGGUCAUUGCUGGGAAGGAGGUUGGGCAGAGCUGCUCUGUUCCUGCGAGCUGCUGUGUGGGACUGUCAUGAAUGAGUGAUUUAGAUCACUUCAAGAAUCACUGUCAAAGGUAUUAGCAAAAGGCGAUUUUAACGUGAAUUUGUAAAAGUGCGAUUUAACAAAGUUCGAUGGCAAGGUUCACUCUAUUACUUACUACGUGGAAGAAACAUACAAAGGAAAAUCGAUUACAAUCAAGUUAGAAUGAUUCACACAGAGACCGGAGAUGCAGAAAGGGUAAGGGAGACCCUCCCGUUGAGUCACGAGGUUCAGAAUGGACCCGCUUGCUUUCUAAACUUCUGAUGGAGCUUAGGUGUGGCUAGGUCCAAACUUAGUCUCAGACUUGGACAGCAGUUUAUGUCUAAUGGAAUUAAUACAAAGGGUAAGGAAAACCUCUCGUUGAGUCGUGAGGUUCAGAAUGGACCACCUUGCUUUCUAAACUCCUUCUCAGAAAGGAGUCUAGGUGCAGCUGGAUCCAGACUUAGCUCCACACUUGGUCAACGGUUUAUGCCUAAUGGAAGGGAUACAAAGGGUAAGGAAAAUCUACUGUUGAAUUCCUAUGCCAAUGUGUUGGGGGAUGAGUGAUUAUGGAUCCUACACGACUCUGAGGUAGCAGCAAUUUAAGAUUUAUUAACACUAUUACGGUAAAUCACAAGAUUAGGUUAUAUGAUUUUUAAUCAUCAGCCAUUUAGCAGAGUGAUUUAAUAAAAUUUGCUAUAAUCAACACUACAAAGUUUCCUAAAUCCAAUCGCACAUACAAAAACACAAACACAGAAAUAGAGGUUAACUUAUGAUCAAGAUUCUUCUCUCUUUGCCAAUUGUAAAUUAGUGGUACCAAAUGAUCUUUGAAACGUCACAAAAUCUAGUUGUAAUGAAUUACUCACUAUUCUCCUUCA